AACACAAACGCAAGGCUCUUUCACAAGCUUUCCUUUUUUCGUCCAACAUCAGCGAACCCCUCUUGCAGCUUUCACUUCGCAACACAACCAUUGCUCUUGUCCAAAAGAUUUUCAGCAUUCACGCCCGCUUCUUCACACUAUCAUCGUUAAGAGAAAUAAUUCUCCAUCUUUCGAACGACCACCUAUACCUCCCUUUUCUCCCACUUCUUGACCUUCUCUACGCAAUAUGGGUGAAUCAAGGUAGGGGUGCCCCACGUGUGGGAAGACAACUAUUCAUACCAAGCAAACUAUCACCAUUGCCUCAAUCACUGUGCUAACGUCGCUCUAGGCAGGAACUUCUCAACUGGUUAAACGGCCUCUUGCAGCUUAACAUUACACGUGUAGAGCAAUGUGGAACCGGGUAUGUCACAGAUGAGCAACAUCAAUUCUCUCACCCCCCCCCUUUUGUGUGUGAAAAGGAAGCUCGUUCCCUGCUUCGGGAAACUGUUUUGACUGACAACGAUAAUUCUUGAACAGUGCUGCGCUAUGCCAGGUUUUUGACUCCAUCUCCGGUCAGUAGCGAGUCCUAUUUCCCCCCUCCUCUGCUUGAUGGGGAAGGGGGUUGUGUGAAAAACAUGGAGUUGUAGCUUACUUCUUGUCUUCAGGCGAUGUUCCCAUGCAGAAAGUCAAGUUCAACGUCAAUACUGAAUACGCCUAUCUCCAGAACUUCAAGAUUCUUACCUGUACGGUUUCACUUGGUCUCCCCAUGUUCUUUCUACGCAUAUCUUAAUGUUUGAUUUGGUGAAGAAUUCGCUUACAUUUAGUUUUUUUUUCCCUGGGAAUUUUCUUUUCCGGGGGUGCUGUAUUGCUGUUGUUUAGCUGUCUUUUCUUCGAAAGGGAUCGAUAGGCCUAUUCCCGUCGAGCGUCUAGUCAAAUGCAAGUUCCAGGACAAUCUUGAGUUUCUGCAAUGGACGAAGAAGUAUUGGGAUCAGUACUAUCCUGGCGGCGAUUACGAUGCGCUCUCCCGCAGAAAAGGCGCGGGCUCGGUCGGUGGCAAUCCUCCUCCUACCUCUCGCGCCAAUGCCUCUUCCGCCGCUGUGAAACGUGGAACUACUCCAACAGUUGGUGGUGGUGCUCGGACCAGAACUCCCCUCGGUGGUGCCAACACUGCCGCGCUCCAGCAGGAAAAUAACAUGUUGAAGGAGAAUGUUGCCGGGCUCGAGCGCGAGAGGGACUUUUACUUUAGCAAGUUGAGGGACAUUGAAUUGUUGAUUCAGCAGGCUGUCGAGCUAGAUCCUAAGAUUGACGAGGAGGAGGAUGGCCUGAUCAAGCAUAUACAGGCGACCUUGUACUCCACAGAGGUGACAGCCCCUAGUGACCAUGAAACGAUUCAAGGGCGCGCUGACAUCGAGAAGGAGGGAUUCGAGAUACCGGCUGAGGAUGGCGGCGACGAUCUGGAGACAUUCUAGAUGGGGGAUCUAUGAUGUGGGCCUUGGCUUAAACUAUGAACGAGGGGGUUAAAAAUCCACGGAAGCCUGACCAUUGCGUGGAGUAACGCCGUUUUCAACGGAUACCUUUUUCACUUUCACUUUUCAGUUUUCCCACCUUUCUCUCCUUUCCCUAGUGAUUCCUUUACCCCAAUUAUCCUGUUCCUCCGCCCUUACUUUCGCCGCCCCGGGGUUUCAAUUAGUAAAAUUGUAUUUUCUCGCACCGCUUCGUCCCGUAUUGAAGUGCUUGAUUUCUUUUUUUCUUGAUUUUGUUCUUUCUUUUCCGUGCUAUAAGCAUUGCCUGGUAGUUUUCGAGCGUUUGGUCAAGUUUGGUGGGAGAUGCCCGUUUGUGAAAUGGAACGUAAUUCGGGAGAAGGCGUGUUCUAGAUGAAAUGUUGGGAGGAAAUAUGAUAAAGUUCACGCUUUCCUGUAUGUGAGGCUAGGAUUACAGUCAAGUAAAAGGAAAAAGUGAUAUUUCGGUAGAUGUUUCCUUUGUGAUUUUGAAGUUAUCUGUGAUCCGGGAAAGAGAGAUUCACAUGAUGGGGGAUGGAGAGACCAUUGCGGACUGUCAUGACCCUUGAAACAGGGGAUAGAAUAUUGUGACCCGUAGAGCAGCCACCGCCGCAGCCACAACAACUGUACUUAACUUGAUAA